AUGCUUUCCAGAACAGCCCGCGCCGUGGGUGGCCGUCUCCUCGCCCAGUCCCUGCGCCCGGUUGCCAUCCCCGUUGCCCGCCAGUUCGCCCCGAUCGUUUCGCGCCCUGCGACACGCCAGUACCACGAAAAGGUGAUUGACCACUACUCGCGUCCCCGAAAUGUCGGCACAUUAGACAAGAAGGACAAGUCCGUCGGUGAGGGCUUAGUUGGUGCGCCUGCAUGCGGUGACGUUAUGCGUCUGCAUAUCAAGGUCGAUCCCGAGACACAAGUCAUCAGUGAUGUUAGGUUCAAGACGUUCGGCUGUGGUUCUGCCAUUGCUUCUUCCAGUUACCUUACCGAGCUCGUCCGCGGCAUGACCCUCGAUCAAGCGUCCAAGGUUAAGAACACGGAGAUUGCCAAGGAGCUUUGCCUUCCACCAGUCAAGCUUCACUGCAGCAUGCUUGCCGAGGACGCCAUCAAGUCUGCUAUCAAUAACUACUACAAGAAGAACCCGCAAGUAAAGCCAACAAACCUUGCCGGGACAGGCGCCACUCUGGAGUCUGUUGCCGCUUAG